AUCAAUGAAUCGUUAUUUCCUUGAUUUAGUAUUAGAACAAGUUCGAAGAGGGAACAUGACUGAUCAGGCACUUCGAAAACAAGUAUGGGCUCACAUGACAGCAUUAUUCAAUGAGAAAUGUGGGUUUCAAUAUGACAAAGAUAUACUAAAGAAUCGUUUCAAGAGUUUGCGAAGGAAAUAUAAUGAGAUUACUACUCUUCUCAACAAUGGUUUUCAAUGGGACCGAACGAUGCAGAUGGUGGUUGCUGAUGAUAAUAUGUGGGAUACUUAUGUCAAGGCACACCCGGAUGCAAGGUCUUAUAGAACUAAGAUCACACCGUUCUAUGAUGAUUUGUGUAUGAUAUAUGGUGGUUCACCUAUUGAUGAGAAAGUUACUAACAUGGGUCAUGAUGAAGAUAUGGAGGAUGAUUCUUCGAGUGAAAUGUCCGGGGAAACACCUGCAAUUGAAGAAGAUCCAGCUUAUGAUAUUGAGAACUCCUCACAUGCUGAUGAGGAAGGUCUUUUGCAGAGAAGCAAAGAAGGUACUGAAAUAGCUUUUUGUGAGGUAGAGAACAUGGGUCAUUCUUCAGAAACGUCGAACCAGCAGAACGAGAAAGUGUUAUCUGUACAAGGGGCUUUUGCCACAGAAGGAUGGUCAAGUGUAGUGCUGACUGGUGAUGCAUAUCGUACUAGGGUCAGUUGGACACCCCCAAUGGACCGUUACUUUAUUGAUCUUAUGAAGGAUCAUGUCUAUUUGGGCGUACUUUCUCGAAAGAGGCAUGGAUGCACAUGA